AUGAGUGAAACUCUACCCAAGCCUGUCUACUCUUUACUUUCCGGUCUCAACGCCUCCACAGUGGGUAUUGUUGCACUUGCGGCCGUACAGUUGGCCGAAAAAGCUAUUCGCGAUAAACUAUCACGCGUCCUUGUGAUCUUUGGCGCAUGUGCUGGUCUCUGUUACAAUGCACUCUGGUAUUUUCCCGUGCUGAUGGUUAUUGGUGGCUUCCUGACAAGCGUCUGGGAUGGAUGGUUAUAUCAACAAAUUCUGAGAGCAAAGAUCUCGCGGAACGACAGACAUAGUCGCCCAGAACAGAACGAUAUAACUUUGGAAGAGAAUAGAGUGCAAAGCAGUGAGACGAUACGACAACGACGGACGGAUCCUAGAAUCGAAGGACUCCUACAGAGUACAGUUGAUACUAGACCAACGCAGUCCGCGGAAGCUGUUUCUCAUCAGCACAUUAUUCGGAUUCGGAUCGGAGCUUUGAUUAUAUGUGUCUUUUUUGCCUCCUUCAUCGGAAUUCUUGUUGCUAGAGCCCAGCUCACCACACCCCCGCUGGUCCUCGACCUCUUUGCCAAUAUGUACCUUGCUGGCACUGUUAUCUUUGGUGGAGGUCCUGUUGUCAUUCCCCUUUUACGCACAUAUGUCGUCGAGCCCGGGUGGGUCUCUAGUAGAGAUUUCUUGAUCGGCCUUGCUAUCAUUCAAGCUUUUCCCGGUCCUAACUUCAACUUUGCUGUCUUCUUGGGGGCGCUAGCACUACAACACUCGCGCUUUCCGACAGUCCUGGGUGCGUUUCUUGGCGGUGUGGGGAUCUUCCUUCCGGGCAUCACGCUGGCCGUUGCGAUCCAAAGCUUCUGGCGCGUAUUGCGGAAGAAGAAAUAUGUGGUCGACUUUCUCAGAGGAGUGAAUGCCACUGCCGUUGGCCUAGUAUUUACAGCCGUAUACCGGUUGUGGGAGAUUGGAUACCUGACUCAUGAACGAAGCGAUGGACAGAGUCUGGGGAAAGAACCAUGGUGGGUGGUUGUUGCGACGGUGACAUAUGCAGGGAGUGCAUGGUUCAAUGUGCCCCCUCCUGUGGCGAUUGUAAUGGGUGCCAUUCUAGGGUUAUGUUGGUUUGGAGCUGUGGGGCGAUGA